AUGGCGACACUUGACGUGCCCACCUUGCACUCCAGGCGUUCCUCCACGAAGACGCUCUCCAGGUCCGUCGCGAAUGGCUCAAAGUCCGGGAUGUUGCUCAGACGCAGCACCGACACCUUGACGGGGGCGAUCAAGGGUGACGACAUGACGCCGCGCUUCUCGGCUCGAUCACCGAAGGGAACGAACUUUUCUUCGCUCACCAUCUUCUCCACCAACUUAGUCGCCACCAUGUCGCGCUGCAGCGUGAACUGCUUGCCGUCGCACAGCGGGCCCAGCGUGGCCUCGCUCUUGGAGGUCAGCUCGUCCUCGAAAGCCUGGGCGCGUGGCACAUCAUCCUUCAAAGCCUCUAGCGCCUCGAGGAUCGCGGCCACAUCGGCCUUGAACGUUCGGCCAAUCUUGCCCUUAUUCGGCUUGAUCUCCACGAUCAGGCGCUUCUCGGGAUCGUCGAACUUCGGUCGGCGUGGCCGGCGCACUCCACCCAGCCGGAGCUCAACUUGA